CCAUGAAGCAGCUGUGUUUGUGCGCAGCCGCCUCCUUUGCGGGCCAGGACUGGGGCAAAAGUGAUGAACGGCUGCUGCAGGCAGUGGAGAACAACGACUCAGCCCGGGUUGCCGCGCUUAUCUCCCGAAAGGGGCUGGUGCCCACCAAGCUGGACCCCGAGGGCAAGUCCGCGUUCCACCUGGCCGCCAUGCGGGGUGCUGCCAGCUGUCUGGAGGUGAUGCUGGCACAAGGUGCCAAUGUCCUGAGCACAGAUGGGGCAGGUUACAGUGCUCUCCAUCUGGCCGCCAAGUAUGGGCACCCUCAGUGUUUGAAGCAACUGCUACAGGCCUCCUGCAUGGUGGACACUGAGGACAGCAGCGGGUGGACAGCUUUGCAUCACGCAGCGGCUGGUGGCUGUCUCUCCUGUUCAGAGCUGCUGUGCUCCUUCAAGGCACAUCUGAACCCCCGAGAUCGGUCGGGCUCCACGCCCCUCAUCCUCGCUGCUCAGAUGUGUCACGCGGAGCUGUGCCGCCUCCUCCUGCAGCAGGGGGCCCCUGCAAAUGACCAGGACCUGCAGGGCAGGACAGCCCUGAUGCUGGCCUGUGAGGGCGCCAGCCCCGAAACGGUGGAGGUGCUGCUGCAGGGCGGGGCCCAGCCCGGCAUCACGGAUGCGCUGGGCCAGGACGCCGCUCACUACGGAGCCCUGGCAGGGGACAAACUCGUCCUCCACCUCCUGCAGGAGGCGGCCCAUCGCCCCUCCCCACCUAGCGAAGAGGACUCGGGCGAAGCUUCGUCUCAGAACUCUGUAUCCAGCCAUGAAAAGCGAGGGGGUCCCAAGAAGCGGAAAGCGCCCCAGCCUCCUCCCAGCCUUCCUAUGUCGGACGAUCGAGAGGCCUACGAGGAGAUCGUGCGGCUGCGGCAGGAGAGAGGCCGCCUCCUGCAGAAGAUCCGGGGUCUGGAGCAGCACAAAGAACGAAGGAAGCAUGAGCCACAGGAAGCAGAGGCCAGCUCCGUGCACAGCCUGGAGAGACAGGUGCAGGAGCUGCAGCAGCUGCUAGCUGAGAAGCAGGAGGAGAAGGAGAGCCUGGGAAGGGAGGUGGAAAGUUUGCAGAGCCGGCUGUCGCUGCUGGAGAGUGAGCGGGAGAACACCAGCUACGACGUGGCCACCCUGCAGGACGAGGAGGGUGAGCUACCUGAUUUUCCAGGGGCCGAGCCGCCCAAGCAGCUCAGCCCCUCAGCCCAGGAGUGCGUGGCUUCGCUGCUGGAACAAGUCGCUACACUUACUAGACAGAACCAGGAGCUGAUGGAGAAGGUCCAGAUCCUGGAGAACUUUGAGAAGGAUGACACCCAGCUGGCAGGGAAUGGCUUGGCGGAGGUUGUCCCUCUGGUCCUCUACGACUCCCUCCGGGCUGAGUUUGACCAGCUCCGGAGGCAGCACGCUGAGGCCCUGAGAGCACUAGAGCAGCAGGAGGCCCGGGAGGUCCCCAGACACGAGGAGGACAGAGAUGUGGGGACCUCAGCAGCCCAAAAUGGGUCCCCAGACACAAAGCUGAAUGGUGCUAUGAUUCUAGAAACGAAGAUCAAUGGAGCUGAGAGAACAGAGGAGGGUGUGGCAAGAGGGGAAACCUCAGGAGCCGAGACCCCAGAAGCGACAUCCAAAGAACAUGAGGUCACAGAGCCUGAGGCCACGGAAGCAGAAGGUGCGGAAGCAGGGGCUGAGGGAGACAAAGCCGAAGGGACUGAGGCCAUAGAAAUAGAGGCCGGAGAAGGACAAAAUAUGGAGCCUCAGAACACAGGAGGUGCAGCCACAGCAUCAGAGGCCACAGGAGCUGAGGUCACAAGGAUGCAGCCAGAAAUGAAGACCAAUACAGCCGGUACCAGGGGAGCAGAGCUCACUGCAAACAUGGAGGCCACUGGAACUAAGGCCACUGAUGUGGAGGCCACUGGCAUGGAGGCCAUGCCCCCAAGGGUUCCUGCUGGGCCCAUCCUGCACCCUGGGGCUGCAGAGGCCUCUGAGAAGCUGCAGUCCGAGCUGGAAACCAGGAUCCGUAGCUUGGAGGAGGUGCUCCGGCAGCGGGAGCGGGAGGCAGCUGCAGAGCUGGAGGCUGUGCGGGGCAAGUGUGAGGCCGCAGAGGCUGAGGCAGGCAGGCUCCGGGAGCGGGUGCGAGAAGCUGAGGGAGCUGGGGCCUGUGGGGGCAGCGGGGGCGGCAGUGGCAGCGGCGACACAGUCCAGCUGCGGGCGGCCCUGGAGCAGGCCCGGGAGGACCUCCGAGAGCGGGACUCCCGCCUGCGCGAGCUGGAGGCAGCUGUGGCCUGGCUGGACGAGGCCCGGGCUGGCCGGCUCCUGGCGGAGGAGGAGGCCCGGGGCCUGCGGGCGGAGCUGGCCCGGCGGGAGGAGGCCCGGCUGGAGCAGAGCCGGGAGCUGGAGGUGCUCCGCGAGCAGCUGGCCGCGGCCACGGCCGCCGGGGAGCAGCAGCGGGCAGCGGCCGCGGAGCUGAGCCAGGCCCGGGACGCGUCCGAGGCCAGGGCCGCCGAGCUGGGCGCGGCGUGCGAGGAGGCGCGGCGGGGCCUGGCGGAGCUGCGGGAGGCCUCGGAGGCGCUGCGCCAGGCCUCGGUGCCCGUGGCCGAGCACCACCGGCUGCAGGAGGAGGCCCUGGAGCUGCGGGGCCGCGCGGCCAGUCUGGAGCAGGAGGUGGUAGCCACGGGCAAGGAGGCCGCCCGGCUGCGGGCGGAGCUGGAGCGCGAGCGCGGGGGCAGCGUGGCCCUCGCGGAGCACGAACGCGUGGUGGGCGCGCUGCGGGCCGACGUGGCCCGGCUGGAGGGGCAGCUGGAGGAGCUGGCGCGCCGCCACGAGAAGACCAGCGCCGAGGUCUUCCAGGUGCAGCGGGAGGCUCUGUUCAUGAAGAGCGAACGGCAUGCGGCUGAGGCCCAGCUGGCCACGGCUGAGCAGCAGCUACGGGGGCUCCGUACCGAGGCGGAGCGGGCCCGCCAGGCCCAGAGCCGUGCCCAGGAAGCCCUGGACAAAGCCAAGGAGAAGGAUAAGAAGAUCACAGAACUAUCCAAAGAAGUCUUCAGCCUGAAAGAGGCCUUGAAAGACCAGCCCUCGGCCCCAGCCAGCCCCGAGGUCGAAGCCCUCCGUGGCCAGGUGAAGGCGCUGCAGCAGCAGCUGCAGGAUGCCGCCAGGGACCACUGUGCUGUGGUGGCUUUGUACAGAAGCCACCUGCUCUACGCCAUCCAGGGUCAGAUGGAUGAGGAUGUGCAGCGGAUUCUCACCCAGAUCUUGCAAAUGCAGCGGCUGCAGGCUCAGGGCCGCUGAGCACCAGUUUCUCCCAGCCCCGCGGGGCCACCGUGCCUGUUGAUAUUUGGGAGCCAGCCUGGGUCCCUCACUAGCUGACAGCAUCACCCCUUGUUGUCCCUACACACACACUGGUCAGGCUGGCAACCCCUACCUCCCCACCGGACUGCCUGUGAGUCACUGGUUCCUGCCGUGUUGCCUCUGCAGCACUAACACGGGAAUAAAACCCGUACUGUGAGCCAGGCACGGAAGCACGUGUCUGUAAUCCCAGCGGUUGGGAAGCUGAG